AUACAUAACGCGCGUAGCAGGCGAUAGACGUUCAACCGCGACCGACAUUGCGGACGGUCACCAGCUUUUCGUCAGCACACAUUCUCCAGAAGGUCCGAGAAAGAUGCAGAAAACUCGAUAUGCCUUGUUUUCUUUGACAUUGGUAGUUUUAUUAGACAACUUGCUGAUUAAGGAUAUUAAUGCACGUAAAGAUAAUAAGAUGAUAAAGGUUUCCAAUGAUACUAAGAUUUGUACAGAGCCAUUACAAACAAGGAGGACUUCAGCUGGAAGACUCAUCACUUAUAGACUUAAUAAGUGGUCUCAGUACGAGAAUCCUGAAGAAAUUGCACAUAAACGAGAAGGAGAUAUAAAUGAAGUGUCGUCGAGAAAAACUCUUACGAGGGAUGUAGAUUUGUUAUGGCCCAACGGUGUCGUCAGGUACUUUAUUAAUGACGAAAUAGUUAAUCGAUCGAAGGAACUAUUUGUACUGAUGAGGGCAUUGAGAAUUAUAGCGCAGAACACUUGUAUUAAAUUCGACCGCAUUCUAUUUCAUCCGAAAAGAAUGCUGAAUAAUUGGAUCAACAUUACGGGUACUUAUCAGGGUUGUUACUGCGAUAUAGGACGUAGACCCGUUGGACCUACACACAUGAACUUAAACGUGUACCAGUGUUUCGCCAAUGUUGGACACGCAAUACACGAGAUGAUGCAUGCCCUAGGUGUAUUUCACGAACACGUGAGACCAGAUCGAGACAAUUACGUCACUAUAAUAUGGGAAAAUAUAAAAAAGAGUAAUUAA